AUGGUAAAAACUCGACACCAGUACACAAUGGAACAACAAUCAAGUAAUGCAAACAUGGAUACACAGACACAUUCAGACACAGAAAUUAAUACAGACACGCAAACACAUCAAAAUAAUCCGCUACAGACACAAAUAAACGCCGAGAGGAGCAAUUCAGAACCAAACCUGAGAGACCACGUCACGUCUAAUGACGCGGCGGGGGCAAGCUCAUUUUGCAAUCAAAAUUUUGGCGCUAUACUGAAUUCAAUUUUGGAACGCAUAUCCAAUAUUAAGCAAGAUAAUGACGAAAAAUUCUCACAAUUAAUGACAGACAAUGCAGCCUUCAGAAAUGACAUAAAAUCAGACUUCGCCAUACUGACUCAAAAGGUAGAUGAAAUUAAUACACGUCUUUCCAAACAGGUCGACGAUCUUACGGAAAAAUUCGAAAAUUUAGAAUUACGACAAAGCGACAAUGCCAAUCACAUCCAUGACUUGACAAAAACCUGUGAAACUAUUAAUUGCAAACUAGAAUCAAACACGUACGCAUGUGACGAAAUUAAUUUAAAGGUGAAUACAAUAGAAACAAACGUAGCUGACAUUCACAAACAGAUUCACACAACAAUACAGAUAGAGGCUGAACCCCAUUUGUCUCGCAUUAACUCACAAUUUAAAGAAUGGACGGAGUGUAUUAAAGAGAAAUUACUGUACUUACCGGACGACGAUCCUGAAUAUUUUUUGGAAAAGUUAGAUGCUGUUGAUUUACUAUAUGAAGAACAAGAACCAACACACAACUCACGCAGUAGGAAUCAACAUGUCUACAUUGCUACAUUACCAAACACACAGAAAAAUUCACAACACACAGUAAACAUGCAAAACAAUCACCACAACUCACAGCCGCACACAAACAACAACUACAACUAUACACAGGGAGAUAACCCGUACAAAAAACGAAGAAACAACAAUUUUAAUUCAAGAAGGAAUAAUGGAAACAACAACAGACACAAAGCAAAACAGAAACACUGGAAAAGAAACAACAACACAGAUUACACAAGAAAUGGAACACUUACACCGCACUUUAAUCAGAACUACAACCAGUAUUAUGUGAGACAGUGGCAAACACCGCAACCGCUACCACAAAAUCAUAUUCAGAUGCCACAAGGGAAUUUUGCGCAAACAAGCAACACAAACCAACAAGUGACUUCAGCCAAACGAAACCAGACAGGUGAUUGGCAAAGACAAUAUCCAAAUCCCUUAGCAGAGUAUGCUGAUACAAAAACAAGCACCAGCAGUAACAGCAGCAGCAGCAAGAAGAUAAGACACAGGAAGAACUAUCAAUUUUCAUGCAAAGCACAGUUACUGAUUAUAUUUGUUAAUACCUUGCAGACAAGCUGA